AAUGGUUUGCACCGCAAAACCGGAAAAUGGCUGCUGAUCUAGGCGUGCUGAACGACGAUCUUCAGGAAAAAGUGAAGUCUUCUCGCAUUCUUGUCGUUGGAGCAGGAGGAAUCGGCUGCGAACUCCUAAAGAAUUUAGUUCUCACUGGUUUUAAAGACAUAGAAGUGAUUGAUCUUGAUACCAUAGAUGUUAGCAAUUUGAACCGCCAGUUUCUGUUCAGAAAGGAACAUGUGGGAAAGUCCAAGGCACAGGUUGCAAGAGAAAGUGCCCUUAAGUUUAAUCCAGAUGGAAAAAUAAAAGCUUAUCAUGAUAGUGUGAUGAGCACAGAGUAUGAUACAGAGUUUUUCAAGCAGUUUGAUGUGGUUCUGAAUGCACUGGAUAACAGAGCUGCCCGUAACCAUGUGAACAGGAUGUGUCUGGCUGCAGACAAACCACUGGUGGAGAGUGGGACAGCAGGUUAUCUGGGACAGGUCACAGUCAUUAAAAAGGGUUUGACUGAAUGCUAUGAAUGUCAGCCUAAACCACAUCAGAAAACCUUCCCAGGAUGCACUAUUAGAAACACGCCCUCCGAGCCCAUUCACUGCAUCGUGUGGGCUAAACACUUGUUCAACCAGUUAUUUGGGGAGGCUGACCCAGAUGAAGAUGUUUCUCCAGAUACCGAAGACCCAGAACUGGCAGGGGAUGCAGGGAAGCAGGCAUUACAAAGUGAAGCCAAAGAAGACACAGUAGGAGGAAUAGAAAGGAAGUCAACAAGGAUUUGGGCACAGGAGACAGGAUAUGACCCCAUGAAAAUAUUUAAUAAGUUAUUUCGUGAUGACAUCCAUUACUUGCUGUCUAUGGAGAGUCUCUGGAAGAAGAGGAGACCACCCGAGCCCUUGGACUUUGACAGUCUGCCAAAUACAGGUGGCAGUUCAGACAAUAUGAACCUCAUCCAUGACCAGAGGAUAUGGAGUGUUCAGGAAUGUGCUGAUAUAUUCAAACAGAGUGUAGACUUGCUGAAAUCUGAACUGCAGAAACAAGGGGAUGCAGGAAUCCUGGUUUGGGAUAAGGAUGAGCCUGCAGCCAUGGACUUCGUGACGGCAGCAGCUAACAUUAGGGCCUACAUCUUUGGUAUUCCUAUCAAGUCUAGGUUUGAUAUCAAAUCCAUGGCUGGCAAUAUUAUCCCUGCCAUUGCCACUACAAAUGCCAUCAUAGCAGGGCUGCUUGUCAUGGAGGCGUUGAAAAUCCUCUCUGGAAAUAUUAAUCACUGCCGAACGGUCUACCUCAAUAGACAUCCUAACUCCAGAAAGAAGCUGCUUGUUCCUUGUAUGCUGGACCCCCCAAAUCCAAAAUGUUACGUCUGCUCCUCCAAACCAGAGGUCACCGUCAAGGUCAACACAACCACCAUGACAGUCAAAUCUCUGGAGGACAAAGUUAUAAAAGGACAGUUUGGGUUGGUUGCACCAGAUGUAGAGUUAGAUGAUGGAAAAGGGACAAUUAUUAUAUCCAGUGAGGAGGGGGAGACAGAAGAGAAUGCUGCAAAACCCCUUAGUUUUUUUGGAAUCAAGAAUGGCAGUCGUAUUAAGUGUGAUGAUUUCUUGCAGGAAUAUAAUCUCAAUAUAACACUCCUUCAUGUAGAUAAACUUGAAGAAGAGAAGGAGUUUGAAGUGGUAGGAGAUGUCUCUGAAGUGCAAGCCAGAGCUGCGGAGGCAUCUGCAGCAGCAGCAGCAGCAGCAGCAGCAGCGACAUCUGUCUCAUCGUCUACUCCAUCCAACACAGCUCCUGAUAAUAGUGCUUCAAACAAUGGUCAGGGCCAAAAUGCACAAAAAACAAAACCAAAGAAAAAGAAGUCUGAACUCAACAAAUCCAAAACUAUGGACCUCUUUGCUGACAGUGAUGACAGUCAACCUCCCUUAGAAAGUGUUCAGAAUGGAAGAGACACGCCUACUUUGGAAGAGGAACUGAUUAGUACACAGCCUGUAGAGGAAGAUGUCACCCCACAGCAUAAAGACUCUUUCCGCCCCAGUUUAUUCAAAGAUAAGGACACCAGCCUGAGCAGCGCUGACACCAGUUUUGAGAUGAUGGGCUCCAUGAUCCCAGCACACCAACCAGGAGGAGGAUUAAAACACACUGGGAACCCCGUGAAACCCCAAAUAACCACCCCCACACUGCUCAGCAAAAUACCGUCUGCUAUAUCAAGGAGUAGCAGUAAACUGUCUGACUUAACACUCCCAGUGGAAGAUUCUCAAGAUUUGUAUGGACCUAUGCAUACCCAGCAAGAAAAUAUCCAAGACUCACAAAAUUUUCACUUUUCUUUGGACUAUGACGAGUCACAGUCUCAAAUUCUUGAUGCAGAUGGAUUCUUGAAAUUAGAUCCAACCCAGAAAAAGUCGUCAAAGCGUCAGUUGGAUCUUGGACAAAGUCAGAGUCAGGAUAACUUUGAUGAACUUCUUAACCUGUGUUCAGGUGGAUUUGGUGAAGGCCCCCAGCAGCCGAGUCAGAGAGUGCCAAAGAGUGGGGGAAUAUUCAGUAAAAUAGUGGCCCCCACACAGGACAACAUGGAUGAGUUGCUAGGACUCUGUUCAGGGCAGUUCAGUGGAAGUCAACAAGCAGCAUCUCAAGUCACGGCAUUGAAACCAACUCAAAACAAUAGUCAGUCUCAGAAUGUGGCAAAAGUGAUCGAAAAGGAUGAAGAAGAUCUAGACAGUCCUCAAAAGCCCCAGCGAGUGGCGAAAAAGCGUAAAGCUGUGAUUGAGGACAGUGAUGAGGAAGAUGGCGAUAUGGGGACGGCACCUUUUGAGAUUGUCGAGGAGACCAACCUUUCAAACGAUGAAUGGGAAAAGGAAAAACAGGAUGACCUUGGCAGCGAUGAAGAAGCAGAGGGUGGUCAUGUAAGAGACAGCGAGGAUGAAGAUGAUGAUGAAAUGCCUGUCAAGUUCUCUGGUUUUACCUAUUCAAAUCAGCAUGGGAAAAUAAGAAAAGAAUUUGUGGAUGAGGAAGCUGAACUUUCAGGGAGUGAGUAUGACAGUGAUGAAAAUAUAGACCUGGAUGAAAAAGAUGACAUAAUGGAACACGAGUCAGGAGAUGAAGAUGCUUUGCCAGAUGAUGAGGAGAUCAGGAAUCAAGUUGGAAGAGUACAGUUGUAA